AUGACCUCUAAUAACAACACCGCGUGCCUUGAUGAGGCAAAGAGAGUUGCUAUUUUCGGCGGCACGCACGGAAACGAGAUGUCAGGCGUAACGCUGGUUAACCUGUGGAUGAAGAACGGCAGCGAGAUUCAAAGGAAGCAGGUUAAGACCAAAGCCUUCAUCACCAACCCGAAGGCUGUGGAGAAGUGCACCAGAUACGUAGACACGGAUCUGAACCGAGCCUUCACGCCUGAAAACCUCAGCGCUCCCGGUGGACACGAUUUGCCCUACGAGGUGCAGCGAGCCCAGGAAAUCAACAAGAUGUUCGGACCCAAGGGGAGCCCCGAGGCCUACGAUGUCAUUUUUGAUCUCCACAAUACGACGUCCAAUAUGGGCUGCACCCUGAUCCUGGAGAACUCCAAGGACCACUUUAAUCUGCAGAUGAUGAACUACAUAAAGAAAGCCAUCACACCUGCCAGUUGUCUUGUUCUGCUGAAUGAACAUCCUCUUCUCAAGUAUUCUACCUCACGCUCUGUAGCCAAGCAUCCAGUCGGUUUGGAAGUGGGACCACAGCCCCAGGGAGUGUUGAGGAGUAAUAUCUUCGAAGCAAUGAGGGAUAUACUGAAGCAUGCUCUGGACUUCAUUGAACUCUUCAAUGAAGGCAUUGAGUUCCCGCCAUGUAAAGUAGAAGUGUUCCGGUUACUGGAGAGAGUGGACUACCCCAGAGAUGCCAAUGGAAACAUUAUCGCCAUGGUUCACCCAAAUCUCCAGGAUGGGGACUGGGAGCCUCUGAACCCCGGUGACCCUAUGUUCCAAACAUUUGAUGGAAACACCAUCCCCUACCAAGGCUUUGGCACGGUCUAUCCCACUUUUAUCAAUGAAGCUGCCUAUUAUGAAAAACAACAGGCGUUUGUGACCACUCGAAGAGAAACCUUGGUAGCAAGUGCUAUCAGAAAAGCAUGAAAACUUGCUUUGUUGAGCUAUUGCUGAACACGGGUUAACCUCCACAAACAACUUUUUGGCUAGAUUUUGAUUUUGCUAUGAUCCCUUAGAACCUGACAACAGACUCCUUAUUUAAUGACAAGAAUAUAACUUUAAUUAACUGUGUUUGGUUUUUGUUCAUUUAGUAUUUGGAAAAAAAAAUGAAUUAACUAUGCAAUAAGCCACUGUGAACAUCUUUAAUACAAGGACAGGUCUGUACAUGUGUCAUUGUUAUUUAUAAUGCAGAUUAAUAGCCAGGUUGAAUCACUCAUUUAAUGUGAAUCUUGACAUUUGUACAGUUUUUAACAGGAUUUUUUGUGGCCUUUUGAUUUUACCUACCUGCUGUCCUCUAGCUGCCUUAACGUUGGUUUCCUGGAGAAAUUGCACAACAUGUACAAGGGUUGAAUUUGUGUGUUGUAUAACAUAAAUCCUAUUUUGAUAAUCUGUGUACGUCCUGUUCUACAAUACAGUACAAAAGGGGGUGCAAUUUAAAAGGGAUUUUAGAGUAUUACAUUUGUGUGUAUUUUUAUAUAAUUGUACUGUAUAUUGGUUUUAAGUGUUGUACAGGGUCUGUUUAAACUUGGACUGCAUUUGUGCUUUCUAAUGUUUGUAUGUCUUGGUCGUCCGGAGGCGUGUCUCAGUGAUACGGUUCAAUAAUAAUUUAUUUUUGGUAGCUCCGUUUAUAUUAUUAAGUAUAAGACUUACUCUCACCUCGAAUCUUGUGAAAAUGAACCAAGUAAUAAAUCUAGUACUGUCACUUUAUUGCUGCGUCAUGCUGGUUUUGUCCGGCAACUUGACCUUAGCGGCCACAGGAGGGCGACAUAACACAACAUUUUCCUUUUGUGACUCCCCCGCAGUUUCAUACUGUACACAAUAGGGAAACUUGCUGGAAAAACCGCAGUGAUUCUGCUCAUUAUUUCUGUCCUGUAACUGGGCAAAAUACACAGCUACAUCCGUUUUAGGGAAACAAGACUACAGAUAGUGUUCUUCUUCAAAAUGGUUCUGAUCACAAGGACACGUGACUAACGAUUUUUUAAAGGUGGACUCGAUUAGUUAUUUGAGAUUUUUCAUCUUACUCUUUUAGAGAGAUAUCAUCAUCUGUUAAUCCAGUACAGAUUAUAUCACUCUAGAAUCGCACGCUGUUCCAAAGACUUUCUUUAUUAUAGCUUUUUGACAGCUACUUGUGUUAGCAUCAUUUCAACCUCAACAUGCCUAACAUGUUUAAGGUUGUGUCCAUUCCAACCUUGAAAAAUUCUGGCUUUUGUUUGUAUAAAAUCUGCCCAUAGUUCAGUAGUAGCUUCCAAACAUGACGGCCUCGGACCACUAGAGGGCCUCAGACACUUUAUUCGAAACUUGUUUUUGGCCUGUGAUGGGAAAUUCUGGAGUAAAUUUUAAAGAGUAAAAUUGGCGAGCACAUUUUUACAGUAGUGAUUAAUUAAAUGAUUAAACUCAUAUUAUGAUUACAUGUUUUUAUUGGUGAUUAAGAU